UCAGGAUGCCGGACACGGUUCGCCAAGUGCCUAUUUCCGACGACCGCUACCGGUACAGCGGGGCAGGUACAGACAGCUACCCAUCCUCGCCGGCCGUCUCGCCGUCCCACAGCUUCAAACGCUCAAAGUCGACGUUCUACCUGCUGGACAGGCGCACGUCCCCGCCACCGGGCCGCCUGCUACAGCCGCAGAACGUGACAGCAGGUACGAUCCACGGGUGUGCGACGUUCUUCUGGACUGUGGCCAACGCGCUGUUCGGCCUGCCGUGGGUGAACGUGCUGUUGGUGCGCCUGCCGUCCCUGUGCCUGUGCCUGUGGUUGCGGUGCGUCUGGAAGUGCGCACGGGUGCCACUGGUGGUGUCUAAGCACGUCUUGCGGCUGUGCAUCGCGAGCUCGAGUAGGCUCGACAGGGGCCGAUUCACCGUGCUGAUAAACGGCGGAAGCACCGUGCAGGCGUUGCACCUAGCGAGGAACUUUCACCAGACAGGCGCCCGGGUGAUCGUGUGCGAGAUAGACGGUCGGGCGGAGCUGUGCUCGUUAUCGGUAGCAGUCGACGGCCACUACACCGUGCCCGGGCCGAACGAGGACAACUGCGUACUGUACGUGGACGCUUUGAGGGCGAUCGUCGAGAGGGAACGGGUGGACGUGUACGUGUCCACCGGCGUCACCGUGUCGGCGUACUACGACGCGGUGGCCAAGCCGCACCUGGAGCUGCUUGGGUGCCGGUGCUGGACGCCCGGGUUGGACGGCGUUGCGGUGCUCAACGACCUCUCCGAGGUGUUCCGCAUAUGUGAGGCGGUCGGCCUGCCGGUGCCCAAGCACCUACUCGUGUGCUCCAAAGACGACGUCAUCAAGCUUUACGACAACGUGUCGUUCCGGGCCGACCGGCACUUCAUCGUCAACGUGGGCCAGUCCGGCUGCAAGUCAGCGCACAGCCUGCAGCUGCCGGCCACCAGGAGGUCGCUGAGGCUACCCGGCCUCGUGUCCGACGACUGUCCGUGGCUGCUUGUCCAGCACUGUCUCGGGUCGUACUACACGACGUGCACCACGGUGCAGGCCGGUCGGGUGGUGGGCAACGUGACGUUCACCGCGCACGACGGUCGAGCCAGAGACCACAACGAACUGAUUGACGACUGGACCGCACGGUUCGUGUCCGCGGUCCCGGUGCAGUUCGACGGCUACCUGUCGUUCAGGGUGUGCGUGUCGCCGUCACGGAAGGUCGUGCCACUGGGUUGUCGCGUUGGUGUGCCCAUCAUGUACGCGUCGUACCGCAGCAAUUUCGAACACGUCGUCAUGCAGUGCCACCCGCCACAGCGUGGACACCGUUCCAACGGUGCUGCGGGGGCCGGUUCACAUGCGGAUGCGGCCGCCAACGGCGCACCACCGCAGUCCACCGAGCUCGUCGUCGAAACGACGAACCGGUAUUACGCGACGACGCUUCUCUACGAGACGGUCACCCGGAUGAUGACCGUCCAGUCGGUCAAGCAUCUCGUGCGCACGGUGGUCACGGAGCGAGAAAUGGUAUUUACGUAUUGGGACCCUCUGCCGUUUUUCGCCCACUACAGUCUGCAGAUGAUUGUGGACCGCAUAAACACCGCUCUGGACGAGGCGGCGAUACUGUCGUCGUCGACCCAGAAAAACAGAUACACCACGUUUUAAUGUGCGGCGGCAGAUACUGUAUAGUAUAAUAUAAUAUACACGCGUACAAAAUUUUUUAUUUAUUUUUCACUUAAGUUUUGUAUGGUAGCAGUCCAAUGACGUGAUGUACCGAAAAAAUAUUAUUAUAUUGUGGUUCGAUCUACAAUAGGUGUAUAAUAGUAUAUAAUAUAAUGAUCUACAUGACUAGAUAUACUUAGGCUCGUAUGAUAAAUUCACUGUUAAAGUCACCUCAUUGUCUACAUCAUAGGUGCAUAAUAUCCAUUACAAUUUCUGGGGAGGCUAACAUUAAUGUGAAUGGGGGAGGGGGGGGAGGGAGGGGCUAUAUAUUAUUAUUAUAGAAUUCACAAUGAAGCCAAACACAUUUAGGUAAUCCAUUGAAAAAAUAAUGGGUAGAUAAAAUAUAGUAGGUAGUACUUCCUACUCGAGACACUGCAGAAACACGAAUUAUCCAAUUAGUAAUUCUGUUAUUACUUAUUAUACUUAUUAGUUAUUAUUAACCAGUUGAUGUCUGUCAUUUGAUUUACCUUAUACUUUAUGACCUUUAAAAUAUUGUGUAUAAUUUAUAAUUCAAUGACACUAUAAAAACCAUUUAUGAAAAGAUAAUUUUUUUUUUGUAGAUCACAUAUUGGACUGUUACUUGACAUACCUAUAUUUAAUCACACAAAUCUAUCUAUGUACAAUAAUAAAAUAUAAUUUAUAGUUAUAUUAAAAUGUGAUAUGAUAUUAAUAUAACGGAGGCGAUGUGUAGGUAUAUAUAAUAAGAUUUUUUUAUGUAAGAUUAUAAAUUAUAAUAUCAUCUUAUUUCGUAGAAUUGAAAUUUCGUGGAAAUGAAAACACGUAAUACGCCAACUUGUUUUUUUUUGUAAUAUACUCCAGUAGUUAGUUGCCAGGAACGAAAAACGUAUUAUUAGUAUAUUACCUAUAAGGAACUGUGUUAUGGGGUAAAUCAUGAAUAUAUAGUAUAUACAUAUCUGGUGAGGUACCUGUAUAAUAUAAUGUAUAAAAAAGAUUUGGUGCAAGGAAGUACCUGUUACGGAAUAAAUCCAGUGAAGCGAAUUAUACUACACGGUCGUUAUGAUGAUAUGGGUCAUAGAAAACGAAAUGCAUAGUCACUUCAACACGUAAUAUAGUUUACAAUUCGGAUUUCUAAAAAUGUAAAUAGGUGUACUGUAUACAGGAAUUUGGCAACAUAAAACAAAACAAAAAUGAUUUAUCAAAAAUACAAGGCCAAUUUAUGUAAUAUGUAUAGUUUAGUAGUACCUAUACAUAGGUAGGUAGUAGGUAAUAACUAAUAAGUAACCAAGUAGGUAAAAUAAUAAAUAUAUUAGAUUGUAUAAACCCAAAAAGGUACUUAUUACUAAUAUUUAAUAAUCAUGUUAUAAUUUAAAAAUAUAAUAACUAAUAAUUCAUUUUAUAACCAAAUUGUAUAUAGGUAAUAACCUAAUUUACUUUUGAAUUUUCCAAUUGCUUAAAACUUCUUUCAAAACAUAUAAUUUCAGUUAUUCAAAAGUUAUUUAACAACAAAUGUAUAAGAUUAAUUUUGUGUAUACAUUAUGGCACAUGCAUUUUUAAUGUACCUACACUCAAUUAUGUAAACAAAAACAAAUAACAAUUGUCAUAGUAACCGACUAGUUUAUUGAUUUAAAAACUAAUCAAACAUUAGCCUGACAAGAACUCUUUUUCUGUGAGAUAAUAGCUAAUAGGAAUAUUAUACACAAUUAGACAAACUAUAUUUCAAUAUAAUAUAUUUAUCUUAUCUUAUUUAAACAAUUUAAUGUACAUAAAAUCACAGAACAAAAUUCUGUGAUAAAAUGUCGAUGUUUUAUAAAUAUAGAUAAUAUAAAUACUUACAUAAUAAUAAUUGUAUUGGGUACAUUUUUAGCUAUUAGAUAAUACUACUGCUGAGUGAUUUUUAAAAUUGCCCAUUACUUAAUUGUAUUGUUAUAAUAUAAUUAUUAAAAUUAGAAAUUACUUAAUGUACAAAACUUACAUAGAAAUUAUUAUUGUAUCUAAUAUAAAUAACAAUAAAUAAUAAUAAUUAAAAUAAUAAAAAAAUGAGAAUUUAUUGGAUUUUAAGAACUAGGUAAGAACCUAUACUUGGCACUUGCACAGUUAAUUAUAUUAAUAAUUAAUUGAGCUCAUGCUUUAUAACUAGCAAAUUUAUACAAAUUAUUUAAAUUUGAAACAACAUACAAAAAUACGUCUUAUAUAUAGAUAAAUCUUAAUCAACGGUUUAUUCUAUGCGAGGAGUAACCCCUGUUAAAUGUAAAUCUAAUAAUAAAAUGUAUUAAGGCGCCCGGUGCUGAUGCCAUUUUGUCCUCAAAAAUACACUCUGCGGGAAUAACGAUACCGCCUUGUAGAAUCAACCAAAUUUCAUAAUUUUUGUUUUGAUUGCUAGUGAGCAAUAUUCUACAGCCCCCAUUGAUCUCUGUUUUUUAAUAUUUUAUUCUCAAACUUUAGAAUAUGUCUAAAAAAAUACAAGAUAAAAAGCAUUUUUUACAAUUUUUUUAAAACAACUAUUUGAAAUAACAUACAAAA